AUGGCCUCCGCGGCGUCUUCGCCGUCUUUUGUAACCGGCGGUAGCAGCACGUCGGCCAUCACCGCGGCGACGGUGACCGGGUCACACGUCCUCAGGAUCAACGGCUACUCUGAAACCCUGGGACGCCCCACCGGCAGCUACAUCAGCUCCAGCAAGUUCUUGGCCGCAGGCCACACCUGGUACAUCCGAAACUACCCCCAUGGCUACGACGAGGAGGCCGGCGAUUGCAUGUCCCUGUUCCUCGUCCUGGACGGCAGCCACACCGCCACGGUACAAUUCACCUUCGGCUUGCUCGAUCCGGAGGGCAAUCAGGUCUACAGAAAAAUCUCUCGCUGCCCGGUUGCCCUGCAUGAGUCCAGAUCAGCCAUGGGUUUCCCAAGGUUCAUCCGAAGAGAGUACUUCGAGAGAUCAAAGUACCUGCAGGACAACUGCUUCAGGAUCGUGUGCGGCAUCACCGUUGUCAGUGGCUUCUGCAGAGAGGCCAGUAGGAGCUUCUUCGCCGCCCCGGUGCCGCCCUCCGACCUGCAUCAGGAUCUCGGCAGGCUCCUCGCGUCAGGCAAAGGGGCUGACGUGUAA